AGUUCACUCUCCACCAUGCAAAGGUGGGGUGCCUCUCAUUCCAUUAGUUCUCCACAUACAUGUGCACUCCCCUUCCCCCAGGUGCGAGCUCUGCUUUUGGGUCAGGAAAAGCAAAGAAAGGUAUUUGUUCCUAGCACCUGCUUGGCUGCAGAUCUGGGUCAAAGACCACCUGAGCCCAUGGAUGUUACGCAAGAGGCUGUUAUGAAGGGGCCCAGCCUGCAGCAGGCUGACCCACAUACCUACUCCCCCUCCAACUCUGGCUUUGUAGCCCAGGGGGUUGCGAAAGCCCCAGGACUACAUAAAGUGUUCCCUGUCCGGGCACCGCCAUCAACACUUGGGCUCUCCAGAGGCUGCAGGGACCGGCACUGUCUGUACAGGAUGGCCCACACAGAGAGAGCUCUGCCCUGGCUGCUGCUGCUGGCACUGGCCUUGCUGGGCAGCACCACUGCGGAGCGGGACUGCCGAGUAAGCAGCUUCAAAGUCAAGGAGAACUUCGACAAGACCAGGUACAGUGGCACCUGGUACGGCAUGGCAAAAAAAGAUCCUGAGGGACUAUUUCUGCGGGACAAUGUGGUAGCCCAGUUCACUGUAGAUGAGAAUGGACAAAUGAGUGCUACUGCAAAGGGCAGAGUCAGACUCUUCAAUAACUGGGAUGUCUGUGCUGACAUGAUCGGCUCUUUCACUGACACAGAGGAUCCUGCCAAGUUCAAGAUGAAGUACUGGGGUGUCGCCUCUUUUCUGCAGAAAGGAAAUGAUGAUCACUGGAUAGUGGACACAGAUUAUGAUACAUAUGCUCUUCAUUACUCCUGCCGCCAACUGAACGCAGACGGCACUUGUGCUAACAGCUAUUCCUUUGUGUUCUCCCGGGACCCCAAGGGUUUGCCUCCAGAAGCACAGAAAAUUGUCAGGCAAAGGCAGAUGGACCUCUGUUUGGACAGAAAAUACAGAGUUAUCGUUCAUAAUGGAUUUUGCUCUUAAGGAGGUCCAAAACUAUGGAAAGAAACCAUGUAACAGCACCAUGGAUGUAAAGUUAACACACUGAUCGGGUGUUCCCUGGAAAAUGUUUCAAAUGGCUUCGUUUAGAUUUUGAAUAUAUUUAUCUGAGCCAUGUAGCUCACCUUGUUGAUAAACCAAUGAAACAUUUUAAUAAACUUGGAUUACAGGGAAUGAAAAUUGUUUGUAUGCAAAUCUGUACAUAUGUAGACAUUGGUUUUAUUAGUAGACUGUUAUCUUAGUGCACUGUUUUGAAUUGGUCUUGGCAUUAAGAAUUUAAUCUUGCUUUUUUUUAGUGGUUUCAAUUUCUGAGUAAAAGAGUACUAAUUAUAAAACCCAAAAUAUAUGUAUUUUAAUUUCUUUUCAAUGCCGUAUUUUUUCCUAGAACAUACUGAAAAUCAUUCCCAAUAGACUUCUAGAAAAGAGGAAGGAAUUUCAAUGACCCUAUAUAUCACUGAUUAACUUUAUUAUAUGACUACUGGAGACAUAAAAAAUAUACAUCUUUUUAGAAGAACUGUUUUACACAUGACAAUUAACCAUUCUUUAUUUAUUCUUUAUUUAUAAAUUAAUAUGCAUUAUGUCCAUAUUUUUAAUUUGAGAUGGAACCAAACUGGUCAUUCACUUGGUGAUAAUACAUGUUUAUCACCUUGUUUCCUACAUGAAAUUGUUUAGUUGGCUCAAAUGUGGGUUCAGGCAGUCAGUAAUCUAAGAGUAUAAUCAAAUUCUCUUUUACAAUGGGAUUAAAAAAAGCACACACUUUCUGAGGAUGAACAUUAAACCAGAGAGUUUAUUUCUUUUACUCAGUAGAAAAUAACAAGUAAAAAUUAAUCAGGUGCCCUCUUGAUAUAGAUUCAUUAUAACCUCGUUAAAGUUAAUGAGAUUUAUGCCAUCUGAAAAUGUACCCUCAUAGAAAUUGUUUCAUCUGGCAAGUACUUAUUUCAGCUGUUUUACAUUCACUGAGUUCACUGCCAUAUUCCUAUUUAUUUCAGUGUAAGAGGAGAAUUCAAUCCAUUGGAUUAAAUUGUACAAAUCUUACUGAGGCAAAGCAGUGAAGUCAAGAGAAUUUUACCUGCAGGAAACAAAAAUACAGAUUUAGCUUUUUUUUUCCUCCUUCUCUGGCAUAUAAUACUAUAUCAGAGUGACCUAUUCGACCUGGAAUAGUGUAGACAGCAUCCAAAGUGUGGCACAGCCCAGACUUUAAAUCAUUAUCUGGUAAUGAAAGACAAGUGUGGCUGUUCAUGGUUACUUCUUCUUGCAGUGGUUUCUGUACCUGCCCUAUGCCUUUCAGGGUUCCCGG